GGGCAUGCAGGCCCAACUGCACUCGGAGGCGGAGAGAGCGAAGAAGGCGGCGACGGAGGCGGCCAAGGCCCGUAGCGAGCAGGCGGCGCUGGCGAGGCAGAGCGCCGUGGCUCUCGCCGACGUGAUGGGCGACGAGCGACUGCGGCUGGCGCUGGAGGAGGUGCAUAGCGUCACUCAGCAGCUGCACGCGCUCGACGAGGAACACAAGCAGACCAUUCACAAGCUGAAGGCAAAGCUGCAGUCGUACGAGACAGGAGAGAAGGCCGCUGAAGUCGACCUGCUGAAGGAGCGCGUCAUGCUGCUGGAGGAGGAGGUCAGGACGCAGGAGAGGAAGGCCAUGGAUGCCACGGCACUCGGGGAGAAACUCCAGAAGGAAGUGGAGGACCAGCAGCGGGAAAUCAAAUCCCUGAGGCAGGCGCAGACGUCCUCCUCCAGCCACCUCAAUGGACCCUCUGGCGGCCGCGAAUCUCCCGCGCGGUGCCGAACCUCCGCCAAAUUCGAGUGCCAGCCUGGGGCUCCCCCUCCUCCUCCUCCCCCACCUCCUCCUUGUGGCGGGGCACCUCCUCCCCCUCCACCUCCACCUCCUCCUGGCGUUGGAGUUCCUCCUCCUCCUCCUCCACCUCCUCCACCUUCCUCAGGCAACGGCCAUCUCCCGCCUCCUCCACCUCCCCCUCCACCUCCGCCUGUGAACCCCGUAGCAACGUUGGCGACCAUGAUCGGGGUCUCCAAGAGCAAGAAGGAGGCGGACGGGCCAGACUCGGGCAGCAAGCCUGGCGGCGGCAUGGACGACCUCAUCAACCAGAUCAAGCAGGGCGGCGUCAAGCUGAAGGCCACGAAGCCCUUCUGCCUCGGCUACAGCAGCAAGAAGGCGUCGGGCGAGGUGACGGACAAGCCGGCCGACGCCGUGCAGGAGAUGAAGAGCAUCCUGGCCACCAUGAAGCGCGGGCGGGCGGGGAGGCUGCGGCCCUCCGCGGUGUCGCAGGAGGCCAAGAAGAACACGUCCAAGAAGAACAAGAAGGACAAGGACACGGACAAGAGGGCAGAGGAGGACGAGAAGCCGCCGCCGCCGCCGAGCGAGGAGGAGGCCGGCCCCAAGGACGGCGAGGACUCCGGCAAGGGCGCGAGCAAGGAGGCGUCCCCGAAGGCCGAGGAGUCUCCGGAGCCGGAGGGCAGCUCGCCCGAGAAGGAGGAGGAGGAGGGGGGGAGCCCCAGGACGGCGGAGGCGUCGUUCACGCUGCGCCUGCACGCGGCGGGCGGCCACGACGCCGACGAGGGCUCGAGCCGGGAGGCGACGCCGCCGUGCUCGAGCGGACGCGACUCCGAGGAGCGCGACUCGGGGCGGCCGUCGCCGGGCAGGGCCGUCUCCAGCACCACCAUCUUCCUCAAGUCCAGCCGAAGCCCUUCGGAGGAGUGAGGCCGCGAGAGGGCCGAGGGGCUGCAGGAGCCGAGAAGCAGGAGCGAAGGAGCUCAAGAGGAGGAGAGGAGUGGCCGCGGAGCCCAGCCCUCAGCGCUGCCUCGCCAGGAAUCAAACUGAUGUUGAUGUUACAUAUUUUUUUUUAUCUGAGCCAUUAAAUGUAGGUGCUUCAUUUGUUUAUAUUAAGAUGAUGGUACGACUGUUCAAUGGAUAGAAAAUAUUUAAUACCUUCAUUCCCCCCUCCCCCCCCCCCCAACCACCAAUAUGACGUUGUGUUGAAGAAGUUAUAACAUAUCAAUUGAAUCUAUAUAGAGUCUAUUGUAAAGCCCGUUUUGCCUUCCGUAGAUUCUAUUCUCAUGAUCUAUUUUAAUGAUGUUAUUGAUUCCCUGAUAAUAAGAAUAGUUAAUAUGGCUUUUACAAUGUUACAGUACUUCUUAAUGGCCUAUGGUAAUACUUUUGUGUAUAAUGACAACAGAAGUAGUAAACGCAUACAAGGUGCCUCAGUAUUACAUCUAUAUUUCAUGACCUGCAUUUAAAGAUAUACAAUAUCAUGGCAUUAGCGUUAAAGAUAGGAUUUUUUUUUUUUUUUUUAUGAGUAGCAUUUUUUUUUUUUUUGUUUGUUUGUUUAAUGAUUAUUAUUGUUUAUGUAUAUAUAGAAAAGCAAUGCAAUUAUGAGGCUCAUUUAAUUGUUUCUAUUCUAGUAGAGUUAAGAAAUUAUAUACUUUUUCCAAAAAAAAUAGUGCCAAAAUUUUCUUCUGAUAUGUUAGACAUAAGCAUCAGAAAUUCCCAAUAAAUGUUUGUUUGACGAAAUUAUGUAAGGAAUUGUUUAAUAGAAUUUGGUUAAGUCAUGUAGUUUAGAUAUUUCACUGAAGUUAUCUUGGAUUCUAAGAAUAUGAAAUAAUGUCAAUUAAGCUUGCUCAAUCAACUAAGAUCUCUGAAGGAACUUUUUUAAAUGCAAGAAAGAUACCUCUCGUUUUAGUAUAAUUUCUCAAAAAUUGCUUGUGGUUUAUUGUAAGGACUAAAAAUGACAUUGUUAGUGGUUGGCACCCAGGGUUCCCAACCAUGAUCUCAGUCUCGGUUCUUUUCAUAUUAAUGAUAAUGAUAAAUGCAGAAGCCAGCCAAGGCCCCUCACCAGAACAUUCUGGUGUAAACACAGCAUCUCAAAUUUUACGUUAUUUAUACUCAGGAAUGACUAGGAAAAUGGUGCAUUUGAUGGGUGUAAAUUUCAGGAUUUCUGGCCUGAGCUGGACUCCAAAUAGUUUCAGGAUCCCCACAGUGCCUCUGCUGAAUGGGACGGAAUAAAAUCUCUAAGGGUACGAUAUGAAUAACUUAUAGAAAUAGUCCUUCACUCUUUGGAACCGGAUCAUUUUUUAUAAUAGAAUAUGCAAAACAAUAUAUGAAAGCUAUGCCAGUUCCUACAAAAUGGAUAAAGAGGUCUUUUUCUGUAUUAUUGUUUUUAAUUGUUAUUGCUCAUACAACAAAACGAGUCAACGACAGAAAAGUGAAACAUCACUUGCUUUUUUGGGGGUUCGAUUUCGAAGCACGUGCCUUGUGUAUUUACAUUUUUCUUCCAAGAUAACCAUUUUUCUACCUUCCAUGAAGGUUGUUUUUACAUAUUUUGAUAGUGUUUUCUUUUUUUUUUUUUUUGUACAGUCCUUUUUGAGUAUUGUUAAGCGCGAGUGAAAAAAAUCAGACGUGUGCUCAAUUUUUUUUUUCUUUCAUUCUAUUUUAUAGUAUUGAUAAAGUUACGUUUAAAAUGAGGCUGUUCAGUGCGACUUAUUGAGAGAACUAAGCUAGUCAAAGUAGUAUUUUUUUUCCAGUCAUUUUAUAAUGAUGGAGAGCGGAGGUUUUUAUUCCCAGAACGGUACAUGUUUUUACGUCAACUUCAGACCCUGUACUUUGUAAGAUCUUUUUUUGACUAUAAUUCUUUAAGAAGCAAGUGCCCCAGAAAAGAAAAAAAAAAUGUAGAUUUAAAAUUUUGUUUAUACUUCAUGCACAAACGAGAAAAUAACUGUAUUGAGUUUGAUAACAUUUGAAAAAGGGAGAAAGAAAGAAAGACUCCUAAAUGAAGUACUUGACUGAAAUUUCUGUUUAGAGUGCAAGCAAAAAUUUAUGUAUUUGCAUGCAUAGUUGACUGGAUUUUGUAGUUCUUGCUAAUUUAGCCAAUACAAUGUACUUCUUUUUUCUUUUUUUUCAAUAGAUGCUUUGAUGGUAAAUUUCCCUCUGUGCAAAUAUGUGAUUUCUGUUUCUCUGUAGGGUAAUUUUGAUUUUUUCUAAUUGAUUAUUGGGUAUUCAUUUCUUGUGAUAUAAUUUAUUUACUAUUUCUGCUCUUUGUAAUUUUACUAAAAUAUUUUACCAUUCAUUCUUUUCUUUAUAACAACCUUUUGAACACUGCUAAACAACUUUCUUUUUUUAAACAGCUGCAAAAGCAAGGAUUUAGGAACUAGCUUGUUUGUAAUAAUGGCUUUUCAAAGAAACUACUUUCCGUCAUAUAACAUUUUGGACACCACAGGCAGGUGUUGUUUGUGAAUUGGCCUCGCUUAUUGUAAUAUUUUUUUUCUCACUCUCUCACUCUAUUUCCUUGUGUAAUGUUAUUUCAUGAUAUUUGACUAUUUUUUACUUCUUCAUUUCUCAAAUAUAGAAGCAUAAAGGUAUAUUUUACCA